AUGGUUCAAUCCAUAAUUAUCCAAGUGGGUCAAUGUGGUAACCAGGUUGGUCGCUGCUUCUGGGACCUUGCUUUGCGAGAACAUGCACAUUGGAAUAAGGGUGGAGCAUAUGAUGAACCAUUGAGUAGUUUCUUUAGAAAUGUUGACUCAAGGUCAGAGGGUCAAGAUCUACCGUAUGGAGAAGGAAAGACGAAGAUAUCAGUAUUAAAAGCUAGGGCUGUUUUAGUUGAUAUGGGAGGUGUGGUCAGUGAGUUAUUGCGUAGUCCUCUGGGAGAAAUAUUUGAUCACCAGCAACUUAUUACUGAUGUCUCUGGGUCCGGUAAUAAUGGUUAGUUAAGAGGAUUUAUGUAUAAGGCUAACCCAUAUUUUAUUAGGGCAGUUGGUAAUAAAUUGUAUGGUAGCCAAUAUCAAGAGCAGAUGCUAGAGAUAGUUCGUAAAGCAGCUGAACAUUGCGAUUGUCUUCAAUCAUUUUUUCUACUUCAUUCAAUGGGAGGAGGUGGUGGUUCCGGUGUUGGUACUAAGAUUCUGGAUUUACUCCAGAAUGAGUAUCCAGAUGUAUACAGAUUUGUAUUACCUGCAUUUCCCAGUGCUGAUGAUGACGUUAUUACCUCACCAUAUAACUGGUAAAUGUUACUUAAUGAAUUAACAUCAAAAGCAGACUGCGUUCUACCCAUUGAAAACCAGGCAUUACUGGAUAUCUGUCAUACUGUAAGAAAGGCCUCCCAAACCAAGAAAGGGAGUGCAGCUGUCAAACCAGGAACUGGUUUGAAUGAGAAAGGAGUUCAAAGAGGUGCUCUGAAGGAGAAAAACCCAUUUGAUGAUAUGAACAAUAUUAUUGCUAACUUGCUGCUUAAUUUGACCAGUGCUUCAAGGUUUGAAGGGUCUUUAAAUGUAGAUCUCAAUGAGAUUAUAAUGAAUCUUGUUCCAUUUCCACGUCUACAUUACCUCAUUCCAGCCAUGACCCCACUCUAUAAUGUACAAGGAGUUGGUCUUCUUCCUAGAAGAUUGGAUCAAGCUUUUUCAGAUGCUUUUUCUCGAGAUUGUCAGCUGUUGAAGACUGAUCCUAAACAUGGAAUGUACUUGGCUUGUGCUUUGAUGUUAAGAGGUAAAGUGAGCAUAUCAGAUGUUAGAAAGAAUAUUGAAAAGGCUGAGACCGUCUUUGAAUUUGUCCACUGGAAUCAGGAAGUUUGGAAGACAGGUCUUUGUUCUGUUCCACCAUUAAAUCAACCUUAUUCUCUAUUAGCUCUUGCCAACAAUACAUGUUUUGCAGAUAGACUGGAAGAAAUCAGUCAAAGUUUUCAAAAACUCUACAAAAGAAAGGCUCACGUUCAUCACUACACUAAAGUAGAUGGCAUGGAUACAAGUCUAUUUGAGACUAGUCAUGAAUCUCUUUUGUCACUUCUUCAAGAGUACCGCACUCUUGAAUGCAGUACUGGAACUGACAUGAAUAUAGAACGUUUAAAAGAUAUAGAUGGGUUUAAGCUACUAGAGAGUUUGCACACAGAGGAGGAGGUCCACCAGGUGGUAGGCUGGCCGUGGUGGGCCAAGAGAAACCAGACCGUGGUGGACUCGGGUCGAAGAGAUGAGGCUCGUCUAAAGCGACGAAGUCCAUCUCCAAGACGAUACCGUAGUCGUAGUUCAUCUCCUAAAGAUCGUUGGCGCAGCAGAGAGAGGGAAAGAGAAACUGAACCAGCUAGAUAUCCUGGAAGAGAUGAACGUAAUGUGAUGUAUAUUCAGGAUCCUUAUGGUCCUCCCCCUCCAAACCAACCUCCUUUCCCAAGAAUGGGAUUUCCUCCUGGUCCUCCAGGCCCUCCUAUGGCUGGAAGGAUGGAUGGUCCACCUCCUCAACAUGGCGGGGGUAGUCAUCCUCAUUAUAAUCCACCUCCACCUGGAGGCUUACCACCACAUCCUCAGGACACAUGGGUGGACCUUCACAUCCUCCUAGGCCUAUCCGUAAAACCUUUGGAUACUCCCAUUCUCCACCUGCUCCUGGUGGACAAUAUGAAGGCCCUCCUAGUCAUGGACAACAUCCACCAUCCUCUAGACAGCCUUAUGGUCCUCCACCUCAGAGAGACAAUGGAUCAUACCGUGGAGGACCUCCUCCUAAUGCUUAUUAUGGUGGUCCUCCGCCCCCUGACUCAGCUGGCUAAACUCCCAGAUGAUGAUGACAUCUGGAGGGAGACACCAGUUGGUUUGGAUCAAAAAGGGCUUCGUUACUGGUUCUUACAGCUCAUUGGAACAACUCAAAGUAUUUGUGACAUCUAUGGAAAAAGGUCAUCACCAUGA